AAUCUGAUUUUCUAACCCAGCUUUCUCUGUUACUAGGUUGAGAAAUUCACCAUUUCUUCUGCUUUUCCUGUGACCUUAAGUCUGGCUAUAUCGUGAACCUUGAGACUGUUCUGGAUUGCCACAUCAUCAACUUGGACGCAGACGUUAAAGGGCGAGCAAAGUUAUGGCAGACUCACCAACUCUGAGUGUCACGCUCCUUGGUGCAGGUCAAGAGGUGGGAAGAUCCUGCUGCGUGCUGCAGUACAGGGGGAAAACCAUUGUCUGUGACACAGGAGUGCACCCUGCGUACAGCGGUAUGGCUUCGCUCCCAUUUGUGGAUGAACUUGAUUGGAGCACGGUAGACGCGAUUUUGAUCACUCACUUUCACCUUGAUCAUGCUGCUGCCCUGACUUACAUCAUGGAAAAGACCAACUUUAGGGAUGGUAAGGGUAAGGUGUACAUGACGCAUCCUACGAAAGCUGUGCACAAGUUCAUGAUGCAAGAUUUUGUUCGAACGAGUUCGUCGUCCUCCGAUGCCCUAUUCACUCCCCUUGAAAUGAACAUGUCGCUGUCGUCGAUUAUCCCGGUCUCUGCACAUCAAUUGAUUACACCUUGUCCUGGAGUUUCGUUCAUUCCUUAUCAUGCAGGCCAUGUAUUGGGUGCAUGCAUGUUUCUCAUUGAUAUAGCUGGCCUCAAGAUUCUGUACACAGGGGACUAUUCUCGCGAAGAAGACCGACAUCUUGUCAAGGCAGAAGUUCCCCCUGUUCGGCCGGAUGUCCUCAUUGUCGAAAGUACAUACGGCGUUCAGAGCUUAGAAGGUCGCGAUGAGAAGGAGCUGCGUUUUACGAGUCUCGUUCACUCAAUUAUUAGGCGUGGAGGACACGUCCUUCUACCCACUUUUGCUCUUGGACGAGCUCAGGAACUUCUUCUUAUCCUCGAUGAAUAUUGGAAGAAGCAUCCAGACCUGCACAACGUGCCCAUUUACUAUGCUUCUAACCUGGCACGCAAAUGCAUGGCUGUAUAUCAGACGUACAUACAUACAAUGAACUCGAACAUUCGCUCGAGGUUCGCGAAGCGAGACAAUCCAUUUGUAUUCAAGCAUAUAUCUAAUCUUCCACAACCACGCGGCUGGGAACGGAAAAUCGCGGAUGGCCCACCAUGCGUUGUAUUGGCAAGUCCAGGUUUUCUUCAAACUGGACCCAGUCGUGAAUUACUCGAACUUUGGGCGCCUGACUCUCGAAAUGGACUCAUUAUUACUGGAUACUCUAUCGAAGGAACACUGGCUCGGGACAUCAUGACUGAACCAGAUGAGAUUAUUGGACUGAAGGGCAACACUAUCCCGCGAAAAAUAUCAGUCGACUAUCUUUCUUUUAGUGCGCACGUGGACUACUCUCAGAAUUCCGAAUUCAUCGAGCUGGUGAAGGCUCAACAUGUGGUUCUAGUUCACGGGGAGCAAACAGCAAUGGGGCGUCUCAAAGCAGCCAUGACUGCAAAAUUCAAGGAUCGCGAUGAGGAUGUGAAGAUCCACACCCCUCGUAACCUUGAAACUCUCGAGCUAUCCUUCCGCGGGGAACGUGUGGCAAAGGCGAUUGGUACUCUGGCUAGUAAGGCUCCUCAAGAAAACGACAUCAUAUCAGGAUUGCUUGUUUCCAAGGAUUAUUCUUAUACCCUUCUCGAUCCGCGUGAUUUGAAAGACUUCGCUGGGUUAUCGACUUGCACUGUCACUCAGCGACAGAAGGUAGUCCUUGGCGUGGGCUGGGACCUUGUGCGGUGGCAUCUGGAAGGAAUGUACGGUAGUGUUGAAGAGGGUUUGGACAAAGAUGGCGUGAAGGUGAUUCGGGUUAUGGGUGCUGUCGACGUCAAACACACUGCAGAACACGAACUCACGCUUGAGUGGGACUCGACCGCAAGUAACGACAUGAUUGCCGAUUCUGUUUUAGCUCUUAUUACGGGCAUUGACAAAAGUCCUGCCUCUGUAAAAUUAACCUCACAGCAACAUUCACAUACUCAUCACCCUCACUCGGACCAUCAUGAAGGUGAUCAGUCUAUCACUAGAAUCCAGCGGAUUGCAUGGUUCUUGGAUGCACAUUUCGGUGAUGUGGAGCUGCACAUGCCCGAAGCAGGUGGUGAACAAGACCAAGACCAAGAACAGGGCGACAAGAGCGAACCAGCAUUGAUCGUGCGGAUGGAUGACUCAGGAGAAGCUGAUGCACACAUAAAUCUAGUAACCUUGGUGGUGUCGUGUCCAAGCGACACCAUGCGUAAGCGUGUUGAAGCAGUAUUGGACAUGGCUAUAACUACAGUGAGCUCCCUCGCGGAAUCUUUCGCCACCGGGGUCAGUAUGUCCCCUGAAGACACGGACCCGAGGCAAGAAAAAUCCACCUCACCCGAACAUACGGAUACGAAAAGUCUAGAGGAUACGAUGACUACCAGUGAAGCUGAUAUUGCUUCAUGAUGAUUGUAAUUUCGUCUACUGUAGCCUGUCUUUGUAGUGCCGAAUAUUUAUUAAUGAUGUUAUACUGCUACAUGAGCUCAAUAAU